GGGAUAACAAAACAUUAUCAAAGAAGCCCUACCAAAUGAGAUAACAAAAAAAUGGUUUCGCCCCUGAACUGACUGAAGCUAGCCAUGCCAAGAAGCUGAAGCUCUUUUCGAACUAGCUAGAAACUAGAGCCAGAACUUUUGGUCCUAUCUGAUGAUCCUCUCGAAAAUGCUCUCCGAAAUCGUUCUACCAAACGUUCAUACGAAGUGCCUUUAUCUUCGCUCGAGAAUCUGCUUCGCGUUGCCAGAGGCGGAGCCAUUCUAGGAGAAUCCGAAGUCCUGGCAAACAGAAGACAAGACUUGUGCCCUUGUGCUCUCAAUCGCUAGUUUCUUUUUUCAACCACUGGAAUGAGAGCUUCAUACGCUGAAGCUGACGCACAUGAUGAGAGCUCUGUUUCUGCAAACAUGGACUCCUUCCAAGUUCCAACCAAUCCGCUGUACCAGUGCCAUGCCACUGCCUGCUGCUGCUGCAGCAACCAACAAGCAAGCAGGAAGUUAAAAAAAGCAGCCUUGCUGCGGCCUGCAAAGGAGAGGAAUCCGAGCCAAGCGGAGCGAGCCAAAGCCGGGGGGGUAAGUAAUCAUGCGGGGCCGCGAAUUCCACCGGAACCGCUGCAGCUUUGGCCGUCCUGCAAGCGCUGCCCUGCCGGCUGCCGCUGCGUGGCGGAAUGAUUCCGCGAACUGUUGCUGCGUGUGGACAGCAGCGGCGCAAGCAGUUGCGGCUGUCCCGGCGCCCAGGAAUGGUCGUGGGGGCGGGGGCGGGGCAAUCGCAGUCGCAGACGGCGGGCACGGCGCACGCAACAAGAGGCGCGCGGGCGGGGGAGGGGACCGCAGAGCGCAGAGCGCAGCAGAGUCCACGUUGCCGUGGCGCCUGGCGCCUCCAGCGGCUUGCUGCUGCUCGUACAGUGGCGACGGCAGGUCGAGGACGAGGAGGCAAUUGGCAACACGGACGACACAGGUACGAGGCCAGAGUCGGCAUUGAAACUUCUGCCGCAAUGUUAAACAUCUAUAUAGUUCUAUACUACCUCUGUUCAGACUACUCCAACUGGCCAAUAGAGAGUCAACGUGUAAUGGCCGUGCAAACCAUGAGAAGGUCGGUCCCCGGACCCCGUUGAUUUAUCACCCUUCAGCUUCCAAGCAAAACGAUGAAGGCUACUGGCAAGCAAUACGGAUGAACACAGACCUGAGCCUGCCUUAAAAGCUUGUAAAUAACUCAGGCUGCAGUUGCUUAACUAGUAGUAUGUAUACGGAGAUGAAACAGUCCAGAACCGGUCUUGGAUUCCAUACUACUAGG